GCCUCCGUCGCCUUCUCCGCACAGCACAGCCUGCGCACUCCACAGGAGCUUUGUCCCGACUGCGCGCGCCCUUAUCCCCGACGCGCCCUCGGCUGUCCUGCCAUCCUCCUGCGCCACCCGUCCACCUCUCCCCGAGCUUCGCAGGGGCAGUCUGGAGUGCCCUUGGUUCUGGCUCAACCUCCUGCAAUGGCUUCCUGUCCGAGCUCUCUCCUCUUGGCCUGAUUUCGGACAAGCACGUCACCUUACUCCCCCUUGGCACUCAACCGGGUUCCUGUGUUCCUGUCCACAGCCGCAAUUCUCACCGUCGUCGCUGGAACCUGCUGCUCUGUGCGUUCGCCUCCCAGGGACAUUUGACCGGACUCGACAGCAGAGCACCAUGCCGGACAGGAGAGGAGCGACCCUGCUCGAGGACCUCCCUGAGGAAAUCAUUGACAGGAUACUCAUCCGAUUGCCGCCCAAGGAUGUCGGCCAGUGCCGUGCUGUCAGUACGUCAUGGUGCAGUGCCACCUCCACGCCCGAAUUUAUGCUCGAACACCACCACCGCCAGCCAUCGCUCCCCAUCAUCGACGGGCGCGGGCGGCCUGCCAGUUUCGUCGUCUUCCAAGGCCCUGGCGCCGGCGCCUCCAGUCAACAGCUCUGGCCCUUCAUCCCGGGUUUCAAGCACUACCGCAAAAAACCUCGGCUCUCAGUCGCCUGUGAUGGCUUCCUCAUCCUCAUAGAGGGAAAUGAAUACUACAUCUACAACCCGGUCAUCGACAAGCGUGCUCUCCUACCGGACCCUCGAGCUAGGAACGCUGGGUGGAGAGACAUAAUUGGUUUCUAUCGGCACCAGCCAACUGGAGAAUACAGGGUGCUCUGGGCCGUAUUCCGUCGUCUCUCGGUGGUCAGACCCAGCUUAUACAUCCUCGCAGUGGGAUCCGAUGAGCGGAGGCACGUCAGUCAGAAUGCCAACAGUCUCGUCACCUUCCAUGAAACAUAAGUUAAUGAGCGUGUUGCGCUAUUUGAACCAUUGUCCACCAGCAGUUCACCACCGUGGCAGCCUGCACUGGUGUCCUUUUUCUGUUUGCGGUGUCGCCGACAUUACUGGAGGCAGCGGAGACAUUGUUGUGUUCGACACAGAAGCGGAGCUAUUCCGGUGGAUGUGCAGUCCUGACCAGCUGUACCCUAAUAGGAGCUUGUUCGAUAUGAAUGGGACACUUGGUUUCUGGGGCAGCUCAAUCGAGGGUGAUGCAGAUGGUUGUUUGAGUUUCACCGCUUUGGAUAUUUGGGUGAUGCAGGACUACAAGGCUGGAAUCUGGGAUUUCAAGCACCGGAUUGACCUGGCAACGGUCGACGCAUCACGGCAACUUUAGCUGACCUCUUGCAAAAGGAAAAAGAAAACACCACUUCAUUCAAAAGUGCGAUGGUUCAAUGAUAUGGUUGCGCUUAACGAGCGUGAGCUGCUGAUCAUGUUUAACAGUAAGCAUGUGUUGCGUUGCGGCACUGAUGGCAAGGUCUUAGGUUUGGUGAAGAUUGGAGAGAGUCAAUACUGUAUGUCGCUUACUCCCCGCCGCUUCCAAGAGAGCAUUAUUCCAAUUCCGUCCCUUGAGAUGCAAGCAGAAGAGGAGACUUCCGUUCUCCACGGGGUGUCUCUGAAGGUUCAAAGACUCCUUCCCUGGCUUUCUUUGCCAUUGGGCCCAGAGCUUGUCUUUUUUUUCAGUUAUUGCUUUUGGCUGACAGAGUCGCACUCUAGCAUUUCCUUAGAUGUUAGUUACUGCAUUUUUAGUUGCGGAAAUGUUAUGGUUAGUCUGGAUCUCUCCUUGCAAGGCUGGUUGUUCAGAAUGCAAACUCUUGAGUAUUACUUGUUGCUUGUAGCACUCGGUUGAUCCUGCUGCUUGUGUCACCAUGUUUUCAUCGGGGCCAUGAUUGCAUAUGUAACUGUGUGUAUUAUGGCAGUCAAUUAGCACA